UCCUCCAAGAGCCAAGUGUUUCAUUUCGAGGUCGUGAGUGACACAAAAAGGGGAACAAACGGCAGCCCGCACCUCCUCCGCUCCUUGUGAGGCAUGUUGCUGUAAUUAUUUCCUUGAAGCCACCACACUGCCCGUGUCCCCAACACUUCCUCUGUGUGAAACACGGGACCUGUGAGCUCAGCUGGAUUGGUCCAUCACAACAUCGGCUAUCAGUCUGUCUCCGCUCCUCUAACGGCUAGCUUAGCCGUCGUAGUACGGACGCUACUUUCACCGCAGCCGAAGAAGAAGCAGGAACCUCUUAAUUCUGACUUAAAGGCCGAAAUAACACGUUAAGGCACCAGUUCCCUCUGAGGCUGUCAUCUGAUGGAGCAGUGCUUAUCAGUCUUUGUGAAGAGACACCAUGUUUCCUUGUCACGUAACUCCCUGGCCCUCCGCUGAACCGCCGGCCUCCUGCGGUCAUGCGCCGCCAGCACAGCCCUCACAGCCCUCACAGCCCCUGCCUGAUCUGCUGUGCAGCUGUCCCGCUCCACCUUUGAACACCCACUCUGAGACGCCCUCGCCAGACCCCAUGGAGUCCCUCAUCGUGGUCACGGAGUACGAACCCAGCAGACCACCCGGAGAGGCUGGGGAGGAGGAGGUAGAAGAAAUGGACAGUUCUGAGACGCCCGAGCCAGCUUCCUGUGUGGCGCCAUCUUUCCGGACUUCCUCCUGCGACCUGCUGUCGCACACAGUCAGCCGCUCAGAGGCUCUGCUACCUGAAAGCCAAGAGCAAAGGGGAAGAUUAAACCUGUCAGACCGGAAGCUGUCUCUGCAGGAGCGCUCACAAACUGCAACAUCACCCUGCAACUCACCUGGACUCAACGGGCGCUAUAUUUACCCGUCGCUACCCUACUCUCCCAUCACAUCGCCCCACUCCUCUCCACGCUUGCCCCGCCGGCCCACUGUGGAGUCCCACAGUGUGUCCAUCACAGACCUCCAGGACUGUGUUCAGCUCAACCAGUACAAGCUGAAAGACGAGAUUGGAAAGGGCUCCUAUGGUGUUGUCAAGUUGGCUUACAAUGAGGAUGACAACACAUACUAUGCGAUGAAGGUGUUGUCCAAGAAGAGGCUGAUGAGACAGGCGGGUUUCCCACGGAGACCUCCCCCUCGUGGAGCCAGAGCAGCCCCUGAGGGUCCCCCCCAGCCCAAAGGACCCCUGGAGCGGGUCUAUCAAGAGAUUGCCAUCCUGAAAAAGCUAGACCAUUCUAAUGUGGUGAAACUGGUCGAGGUUUUGGAUGACCCCAGCGAGGACCAUCUGUACAUGGUGUUCGAGCUGGUCAAGCAAGGGGCUGUGAUGGAGGUGCCGACAGAUAAACCUUUCAGCGAGGACCAGUCACGCUUUUACUUCCGAGAUCUGCUCAGGGGAAUCGAGUACUUACAUUACCAGAGGAUCAUCCACAGAGACGUUAAACCGUCCAACCUGCUGGUGGGAGAAGAUGGACACAUCAAGAUCGCAGACUUCGGAGUCAGUAACCAGUUUGAGGGGGCCGAUGCCCUCCUGACCAGCACGGUGGGAACACCUGCUUUCCUGGCACCUGAAGCGCUCUCGGAGACCAGAAAGAACUUCUCUGGGAAGGCGUUGGAUGUUUGGGCCAUGGGAGUGACACUUUACUGCUUCGUCUUUGGAGUGUGUCCAUUCAUGGACGAGCGCAUCCUUAGUCUUCAUCAGAAAAUCAAGACACAGCCUGUGGAGUUACCUGACCGUGCUGACAUCUCAGACGAUCUCAAAGAUUUGUUGCUGAAAAUGCUGGACAAGAAUCCAGAAACCAGGAUAUCAAUCCCACAGAUUAAGGUGCACCCAUGGGUAACAAGGCAUGGUACUGAGCCUCUUCCUCCAGAGGAUGACAACUGUUGCAUGCUGAUUGAGGUGACGGAGGAGGAGGUGGAGAACUCUGUGAAGCACAUCCCCAGCCUGGCUACAGUGAUCCUGGUGCGAACUAUGCUGAGGAAGCGCUCCUUUGGAAACCCCUUCGAUUGGGCCCGUAAAGAAGACCGCAGCAAUUUGUGUGCUCCAGGGCAAAUGCUCACGAAAGGCAGAGCAGGCAAUGUGAGAUACUGCUACAUUCAUUGUAACCAGAGAAGGAAACAGGAGAGCGGUGAUGGCAUGAGGAGUAUGGAACUGCCCUACGUGGGAGAGGACGAGGCUCUUUCCUGAUGCAGAGGGUUCAUUAUGCAUGCUGGUAUCUGCCUGCUUGCAACCACACAGCACAACACCCCUUUACUCACAGUUUUAUACUGGCAGCCUACACCUGUGUACAUUUCCCGGGAGUGUGGACGAGUGUGGUGGACGCUGGGAAAAAGAGAAAUGAAGGAUCUAAGAACAACAGUUUUAAAUCUUAUUUUGUCCUCUCCUCUUAAAAGGCUCAGUUUGGGGUUGUGGGACUGUCCCGUGGGAACCCUCCAUGAGAGGAUCCUCCUGAACCUCGUGCCUGUCGUCAGCCAUUAUUGCCCAACCCACUUUCCCCCUCUUAUCCUGCAUGCAUUUAUAGUCCUAGCAUGCUUUUGUCUCAGGCUUCAACUGUACAGUUUUGUGUUUUAUCGUAGUCUAGCCACUUGUGUUUCUCCUUGUCUUUACUUGACAAUUCUUUCAGGUACACAGGGCGUGUGAACAGGUGACGGACGGCGACGGUUUGCGGGGACAUUUCUCUCUCUUUAGUAGAACAGGCUUCUUGACAAUGAUUGUCUGGUUCACUCUGCUUCAGAGUAGCAGUGCCCAGUUUUGUAACAUAUUUCAGAGUGAAGAAUCUGUACAGUUUUCCCAAAAAUGUAAAAAGGGAGUGAAAAAAUGUUUACUUCAUUGAAUGCAUGUGUUUACGUUCCCAAUGCAAACACUCUAUAAGCUAUCUAUGAAUAUUUGCACGCUCAUAGACCCACUUGUUUGACGCGAUUUUAUGUUUUAGUCUUAUCUUGAGCCAUCUUUACGAAGGCUCCCAUUUAUUACAAUCAAUAGAGAGCUUUAAAAACAGUUGAUAUAGUGCUUUGUGAACAAUCAGAUUCAUCCUUACAGCGUACAAGAUUAAAUAGGAAAAUAAUUAUUUUCUUCUUUUGCAAAGCUAGUGCUUUUUAGUGAGUCUUUUUUUAAGUGAUAUAAUUUAAGGUGUUUGUUAUAAAUUUUUAAAAUUAAGAGCUACAACAAUGAGUAAUGAAGAUCUACCAAAUGCAUAUGAGAAAAACAGAAUGUGUUGGUGCAAAAAUUAUUCUGUAGCCAUUGUCUGCAAUGGUUCAGAUAGAGGUUUUUUUUUAUUGUUUUAAUUACAAACC